AUGGAUUCCGCUCCAGCCCAGUCCACUGCGCUCGUUCGCAAGCGGACAGAUACAGAACUGAUGCCACCACCUCCUCGAGCAAAACGCAUCAAACGACCAAAGCGAGUCCUGGACGAGGAUACCUACACCGAUGCCUUGUCCCACAUCAUCGCCCGCGACUUCUUCCCCGGCCUGCUUGAGAGCGAGACCCAGCAAGAAUAUCUCGAUGCCCUGGAUUCCAAAGAUGACGAGUGGAUUGCGAGUGCUGGCCGCCGGCUCCAGCAAGUAGUUAUGACACCUGGCCGACGACGAAACCUCGCGACUCCUUUGCGGCAGCCCUUGCAGACAACAACGGGUCAGACACCUCUGAAUUUCGUGGGUGACACGCCUGCCUCGAUCGCAUCAUCUUCGGUAACAGCCGCGACCAACAAGGCAACAAAUGUGGACACCAACAUGUCUCUUGCAGCCUUCCAGUCGAAAUACACCUCGGAAGACAACGAGUCCUUUUACAAGCUGCUCGACAGACAAAAUCAAAAACACGUCGAGAAAUACGCCUGGCUAUGGACUGGAAACAAGCUACCUUCAAAACAACAGCUUAAACAAAAGGAGGUGCAGGCCAAGUUGCUCGCUCAACGGGGCGCGACGGGUCUAACAGACGAUGGCUUCAAAAAGGACCGACUCGCCAUAAUGGAUCAGGAUGCUUUUGACCGCCCGGCAGCACCAGACCAAUGGAAGUUCAAGCCACAAAACGAGCUCAUGUUCACGCCUGCUGGCAUCGAAGGGGUGGAGACGGUGUCGGAAAGAAGAGAAAGGGAAUCAAGAAUGGAUCAGAAGAGGGUCGUCUACGAGAACACAAGAGUGCCGGGCCCAAAUCUGAAAAUCACCACUGAAGGUGAAGAAGAUAGGUCUCGGGCUGGAUCACCUACUCUAUCCGAAAUCCGAAACGCCAUCGCCGGCAAGAGAAGAGCGUGUGACACGGAAACUAAAGCUAGCAGCGUCGCGGGAGGGGAAACGCCAAGGGUGAACGGCUAUGCUUUUGUUGACGAUGAAGAGCCGGAGCCAGAACCGGUCAGGAGGUCAAAAUCAUCAAAGGCACCGGUCAUCAAUCUUGGUCCGGGGGAUGCAACACCUAAUCCGUUCAAAAUCCAGGAACAGCGGGGACGAGAGGCGCUGCAUCAUCGGAUGGUGGAGAGAAUAUCGCAAUCCAAGAGAACGAGCGCGAGGCUGGGGGUGACUGGGAAGGUGGAGAGGACGCCGGCGCCCAAGUUUCCUAGUAGUCCUAAGGUUGGGGCUCCGGGGCUUACACCUGCUGCGCAGAGGUUGUGGGGGAAGAUUGGGGGUUCUGGGAGGGGGAACGAGUCGCCUUUUAGCGGGUCGGUGAAGGCGACUCCGAGGGCGGCGACGCCCAAGCUGAAGGGAUCGGGCUUGAAGAGUAUGGGGAAAUAG